AUGACUUUUUUGUUCCCAAUCUUCAAUUUUAGGCUUGAUAUUUAUCGAAAAGUACCGCGUGAUUUGACGCAACCGACCACCACCGGCGCAAUAAUAUCGAUUGUUUGUGUAUCAUUCAUAUUUUUUAUGGUGAUCAGUGACCUGGUCAGCUUCCUCACUCUGGAAAUCAGAUCGGAAUUGUUUGUGGACGAUCCAGGAAGAGAAGGUCGAAUAAAAGUGCAUUUAAACGUUUCACUGCCCUAUCUCUCCUGCAACUAUAUAGGAGUUGAUAUACAGGAUGAUAAUGGGCGUCAUGAAGUUGGAUUUGUCCAAAAUACUGAAAAAGUUCCAAUUGCUGCCAGUGGAUGUAGAUUUGAGGCAAAUUUUGAAGUUAGUAAGGUACCAGGAAAUUUCCAUUUAAGUACCCAUGCCGCCGAAAGACAACCCCAGAAGUACGACAUGCGUCACAAAAUCCAUUCAGUUGCUUUUGGUGAUGAUAUUCUUAAAGGGACGCAGCAUCUCGGGAGCUUCAAUCCGCUGAAGGGCCGUGAAGAUCUCCACACAGAUGGGACUUUUACGCAUGACUAUGUUCUUAAAGUGAGUUGCUUUAAACCAACAUUGUGAAU